AAUGUAUCAGUUGUACACAUCAUACAAAGCAAUCAUGUUCACCAAAGUACUCUCUUUGAGCGCUGUGUUGGCGGUGGCCGCGGCUGGACUCUUGGCUGAACCUCACUACUCCUCGGCUGCUGCUGUCUCAUCACAAAGCAUUGUGCGUCACGACCAGCCCCACGCUGUGGCUGCUAAGAUCGUGGCUGCCGCUCCUGUAGCCUACCACGCUGCACCCGAUGCAUACCACGCUGCACCCGUCGCCUACCAAACUUCCCCCGUUCACUACUCCUCCGCCGCAGCAGUGUCUUCCCAAAGCAUCCAGCGCCACGACCAGCCCCAUGGAUCUGUUGCUGUUGCCCCCAUUACCCACUACGCUGCUGCACCUGUUGCCCACUACGCCACCGCCCCAGUAGCCCACUACGCUGCUGCACCUGUCGCUCACUACGCUGCUGCACCAGUAGCUCACUACGCUGCUGCCCCCGUUGCUCACUACGCUGCUCCAGUACACAAAAUCGUGUCUGCCCACGAGGAGGAAUACGCUCACCCUAAAUAUGACUUCUCAUACUCCGUAGCUGAUGGUCACACCGGCGACAACAAGUCUCAACACGAGAGCCGCGACGGUGACGCCGUGCACGGCGAGUACUCUCUGCUUGAAGCUGACGGCUCUGUGCGCACAGUUCAGUACACCGCUGAUGCACACAACGGUUUCAAUGCCGUGGUCAGCAACUCUGCUCCCACCAAACAUGCCGCUCUUGCUCCAGCGCAUAUCCUCGCACACCAUUGA